AUGAAGAGGAGCUCUUCUCUGACAUCAAGUCAUCUGGACACCACCGUCCCGGUUUACCAUCCCACUAGGCCUGGCGACUGCUCGGAUAGUUGGUCUGUUGCUCUAUCUUCACCCGAACAAGGUGUCCCUCGCCCAUCGAGGUUUCACUGGCAGAGGUCAAGGCUUGGUCUGGUUGUCAAAGCACUCACCCACAACGAAAAUUCGGUCUCCAUUAACGACACCAAGUCGUUGAUCCCCGAACUAUCAAGACACAGGGCGACGACCCUCUCACGACGCAUAGGCAAAAUGUCCGGAGCAUUUUUUCGUGCAGUAGCAGAACCGACAAUCAUUCACCGGAAACAAUCGAAGGGACGAAUCCCAAUAGGUCACGCAUUCCAACCAUCAGACGACAGCAAGACCACUCUGCUACAGUUUUCUCAGUUCCCGUCGGUAACACCGACCACGGGAGACAUGGACACUGAGUCCAGCAAGAGCAGUCCAACAAAUAAUAACAGCAACCCGAGCAUGUCUCCCGAUUACUCAACGGCCCAAAGUUCCUUGGACUCCAGAUUUUAUCCAUCACCCCCCAACAAUGCUCACUAUAAAAGUUCUUGUACGAGAACAUCUGAAAAGAAGCAUCUUCAACGUCAUCAGUUACCUGCUCUAAAUUCUGCACAUGCCAACCGGCGUGGUGUCACUACGCCCUCCAGCCCCGAGACCAAUCUCACGACGAUCCAAGAAACUGCUCUCGACCAGGCGUCUCCUAGCGUACUGACUGUUGAGCGGGCAGCCGCGGCCAAGAUUUACCUUGAGACCUACUUUGACGAGCUGUUGACUCCUGGGCCCAGUGCGCGGUCUAUUCGUCUUCAGUUGCUUGAGACCCAUCUCAUCAAUUGCGGUGCUUUGGAUGGCAACGUCAGCCCUUCAGAGGUAAAAGCUGUGCGGGCGGAUUUUUUUCGUCGAGAAAGCGAGCAUCUACGCAAGAGUCGCGUACUGAAAGCCCGCAGUACCGUUGCACUGAUGGCGCAACGAGGUGCCCCUGAAGCCAGCCUUGAGAAUGAUUGGGAUGUCUUGAAGAUUCUCGGUAAAGGCAGCUUUGGAGUGGUACGACUUGUUCGGGAAAAAUCCCAGUACCGUGAGGAAGACCCCAGUGGCCGCUCUGAUGGUUGGUCCGAAGCUAGCAGCAAGCAGGUGUACGCCAUGAAGGUUAUCCGGAAGUCAGACAUGCUUCGUACUAGCCAAGAGGGUCAUCUGAGAGCCGAGAGGGACUUUCUGGUUGCAUCUGAAGGCUCAAAGUGGAUCAUACCACUCAUCGCGAGCUUCCAGGACACUUCCAAUCUUUAUCUCGUCAUGGAGUAUAUGCCGGGUGGCGAUUUCCUCGGACUCCUGAUUCGGGAGAACAUCCUACACGAGUCUGUAGCACGAUUUUACAUUGCCGAAAUGAUACUAUGUGUUGAGGCGGCACAUGCGCUCAAGAUCAUUCAUCGAGAUAUCAAGCCGGACAACUUUCUUAUCUCUGCCUCAGGCCACCUGAAGAUCAGUGAUUUCGGUCUGGCGUUCGACGGCCACUGGUCGCACGACGCCGCGUACUUCAACAGUCACCGAUAUAGCUUGCUCAACAAAUUGGGCAUCCACCUCGAGGGCGAUGAUCAAGACAAGGCCGAAGGUCGCAGUCUGCAGGCCACAAUGAAGUGGGCAAGCGGUAUUAUGACGGGUAUCGACAAGCACGAGAAAAAGAUUACGGAGGACGGCGAGACCCUCCUGAGCUGGCGUAAUCGAUGCGGCAACCGCACUUCUGCAGUGAGUGUUAUCGGCACUAGCCAGUAUAUGGCGCCUGAAGUCAUCGAAGGGAAGAAAUACAAGGAGACAUUCCAUUUUCCACGCCAACCUGCUGUCUCUGCUCGGUGCCAGCAACUGAUCACGUCGCUUAUAGACGACAAAGAGAACAGGCUUUGCUCUAAACGUUAUCGCUUCAAAGAUCUCAUCAACGUGUCCAUGACUGCCCAACCAAACCCGUCGGGAACCACAGGAGGACCCAGCUUAGGGACUAGUUCUUAUGGCCAUCGCCGGAAACAACAGCCUGAUUUGGCAGUCCCACGAGAUUUUGCCGGCCGUUACGUGUUCCCUUACGAUGCUGAGGACAUCAAGGCGCACAAAUGGUUCAGGGGAGUUCCUUGGGAUAGGCUGCAUGAGAUUGAUCCCCCUUAUGUACCACAUCUACGAGGCCCGGAUGAUACUCACUAUUUCGACGAUGAGGAUCCCAUCAGUGACUGGAGCGACAGCAGUGAGGAAUCGGAGCCGGAGGAACCCUCACCGACAUCUUUUAGCUCUCCAAUCGCCUCAGACCCACACGGAAGUUCAAGCCCGGUCAGUCCAACCACGCCCUCUAUGCUUGGGUCUCUCAAAGAUCUUAGCUUAGGCAGCCGUCCACCCAAUGGCAAAGACAAAAUCAGGUCGGUGGCUAAGCAAGCUCUUCAAGGCUUCAAACGUGAUGUUCAAAAGUGGGCAUUGACUGCCAUUGCAACUCCGUAUGACAGAAAUCGCCUACACAAUCUUGAUUCGCAGAUUGAUGAGAAGUUCCUUGAUCUGGCGUCGGAAGAGCGGGAGAUGUUGAAACAGUUUGUGCGGGUCUAUGGAAAAAAAGACCGAAAGAGGCCUAGGGACAAGCUGUUGAGGGACAAGAACACCAAGGCAGUGGUGAUGGAUGUGAGGAAGAGGACCGCCUUUUUAGGCUACACUUGGCGACGAAUGAACCAUGACAGUAACGGAGCGGUGAGACAGGGCUUGGAACGGAUUUGGCCCAACGUUGGUUCCUUUGUGAGCGAUGGGAACCUCAGGGGGCAAGAUGGGACAAUCAAUGCUGACGGUGUUGGGUUUGGCAGUAGCGGUGGUUAUGCCGGCUAUGCUGAAAGUGUGUACGCGAAUCAUGCUGGCUGUGAAUGGGAGGAGGAUCGCGAGGCUGCUGUAAAGAGUCUGCGCAAGGGAAGGCUGAGCUGGCUCUAG